AUGAAUGAAUCUCUCGUUUCACUGCGUCAGGAGCGACAGUUGACUCUUGUGUACAAAGGCCCACCACCAAAAAAGCGUUGGCUUUUUGCGCGAGUUGAUCUUAACGACUACGAGCACACGACCACCGGCACCAUGCGCUUCCUUCUCGUGACCUUGCUGGCGGCGCUGGCGCUGGCGCUGCUGACCGACGCCCACCCGGGCUACAAGGGCUACGGGGGGCGGGGCGGAGGCCGCUCCAGGGCUGUCAUCAUCGUCCCGGUGCACUACCCCGUGUACCACCACACACACUCUUACCACAACUACGGAGGCUACGGGGGAGGACACGGGGGUUACGGAGGAGGACAUGGGGGCUACGGAGGAGGACAUGGAGGCUACGGAGGAGGAUAUGGGGGCUACGGAGGUUACCAUAAGUAAAAUCGACUAGCCGUGGCAGCCCCCAGUUCAUUGUAUACACUGACACAUACAGUAUAUAUUAUAUAUCCAUAUAUUUACAUAUAUACAUACAUAUAUACAUAUACAUGAAUACAUAUACACACACAUACACACACAUGUAUAU